CCAAUAGGAAGCUGAAACUUCCUCAUCAUGACAAGAAUCCGAGCACCGGAAAAGCGAUAUAAGAGCGAACCCGAUCCGCUCCGUGUGACAAAAGCGGCGAAAAUCUUCGCUCACUCGAGGAGUCUGACGGCGAGCUGAACAACGGUCCAGGAUGCGCGCUAAGAGCUCUGGUUCCCUGACGCUGACGGCGCUUGAGUCCAACGGAGAUGCCAAGCCGGCCAAGCUGGCCGUCGACGGCCCAGGGCUGGCUCCCCCCUCCGGCCAGCUGGGGCCUGGAGGGGCCGCCAGGGAGAGGUCCCCCUCGGUCACUUCCAGGGGCAACUGGGGCAACCGCUGGGAGUUCCUGCUCUCCUGCGUCGGCCUGUCCGUGGGCAUCGGAAACGUCUGGAGGUUCCCGUACCUCGCCUACAAGAACGGAGGAGGUGCGUUCCUGAUCCCAUACCUGAUCAUGCUGGCACUGGCCGGCAAACCCAUGUACUUCCUAGAGCUGGCCUUUGGGCAGUUUGCCGGACAGGGACCGCUGACCAUCUGGGCAUGCGCACCCAUCUGCAAAGGCGUGGGCUUCGCCAUGGUGUGCGUGUCCAUGGUGGUGGCCGUCUACUACAACGUCAUCAUGUCGUACACCCUGUACUACACGGCGUCCACCUUCCAGGCCCAGGUGCCCUGGCAACGCUGCGACCCGGCCUGGGCCAACGGCACCAACUGCUUCGUGCGCUCGCAGAACUUCACGAGUGGAAACUUGACUGAAGGAGCCACGCCUUCGAGCCAAGUGUACUGGGAGCGAUACGUGCUGGACAUCUCCCCGGGCAUCGAGGACCUUGGUGGAGUCAAGUGGGACCUGGCGCUGUGCCUGCUGCUCAGCUGGAUCAUCGUGGUCGUGUGCCUGAUGAACGGCAUCAAGACCUCGGGCAAGGUGGUCUACUUCGCGGCCACCUUCCCCUACGUCAUCCUCAUCACGCUCAUGGUGACGGGACUCUGCCAGCCAGGGGCCAUCGACGGCGUGCUCUACUUCGUGACGCCCACCUUCGAGAGGCUGCUGGACAUCAAGGUGUGGCAGGCCGCAGCGGGACAGAUGUUCUUCUCGCUCAGCCUGUCCAUGGGAGGGCUCAUCAUGUACAGCAGCUACAACAAGUUCAGCAACAACGUGUUCAGAGACGCCAUGAUCGUGAGCGUCCUGGACACGGUGACGAGCAUCAUCUCUGGCAUGGUCAUCUUCUCCGUCCUGGGGGCCAUGGCCCACGACCUGGGAGAUGUCAAGGUCGAAGACGUCGCCCAGGGAGGUCCUGGAUUGGCGUUCGUAGCGUACCCGGAGGCACUGACAAGGCUACCAGUGCCCCAGCUAUGGUCGGUGCUCUUCUUCCUCAUGCUCUUCAUCCUCGGUCUGGACUCUGAGUUCGCCAUCCUGGAGACUUUUGUGACCAGCCUGAGUGACCAGAUUCCCUUUCUGCGCGCCCACAAAUGGGGCUUCACCAUCGUCAUGGGCAUCGUCUGUUUCCUACUGGGUCUACCCAUGGUCACGAGGGGUGGACAGUAUGUUCUGGAGUUAGUGGACAAUUUCGGCGGCAGCACGACGCUCAUAUUCAUCGGACUCAUCGAGAUCAUCUCUCUGGCGUACGUCUAUGGGUACGGCCACUUCUCGGACGACGUGUUCUUCAUGCUGGAUAAGAGGCUCGGCUGGUACUGGAGGAUCACGUGGACCGUCACGUCGCCACUCGUGCUCUUCAUCAUCUUCAUCUUUGCCAUGCUGGACCAGAAGGACCCGCUCAAAUACGGCAAAUACGUGUACCCCAGCUGGGCCGUGGGCAUCGGCUGGGCCAUCACGCUCUUCGUCAUGCUCCAGAUUCCCUUCUGGGCCGGCGUCAGCAUCUACAGGGCCCCCGGCAACACCUUCCUCCAGAAACUCCGACGAGCCACGAGGCCCUCUCCGGCCUGGGGUCCAUCGGACGCGAGCCUCAAGGACCAGUGGAAGGUGGCCACGGGACAGACGGCCCCGGGCAUCAAGGUGGAGCUGCGCAAGUUCACACCCGGCGAAACCACCAACGAUUUGGGCGGCGUCGAGAACAAAGCUUACACGGUGUCCGAACAAGACGCCCACUGAGGGUCGUUGACGUCAAGUCUGCAAUUCCGGUGCCUCGGUGUGUUCGGCGUCCCGGUAUGGGCGACGUGCACGACCGAAAGCGUCGCUGCUGUCGGCCUUCCGCGAUUGGACCAACGCUCGCCUGAGCAUCUUUAUAGUCGGUGGCAGGAUUAGAAUGAUAGGAAGGUCUUUCAGCUGUCUCGCCUCUAGCGCAAGCUUCCCACCUUCGAUGACACUUCGGCGUCUUGCGAGCUUCGACUUCGAGCAUGCAGCGCAGCCAAUGCACCAUGGAAGGCAACAGGCGCAUGCCGGAGGUUCGACAACCGAAAGAGAUGUCCUGUCAUUCUUGUCCUGACAGCGAGAACAGUACGAAUAAUUCUUUCAUCGCAAGAAUAAUGCAAGAGCGUCACCUUUGGUGGUGAAAGAAUGCGACAACUCCAAGCUUCCAUCGAACUUGUUGUUCGGAGCUGAUAAUCCUGGUCGUGACGUAACGGGUAGGAACUAUAAGGGGGCGUCGCCGAUACGUCUCGUCGCCGAUACUGCACAUGCGUCGGACGCCCUGGCAAUGAAACAGAACUGCCGAUGGUACAAGCCGUCGCAAUCCCGGCGAUUGGUUGUAGAAGCGCCAGGGUCGCGACGACCCGCAGCUGCGACGUUGUCGGCAGGCCGUAUUCGAGAGGAUAAACUGAAGACGUGGUAAACACACCGGUCGGAGACAUUGCACCAUGCCGGCAUCUCGCCUGCGAACAGAGUGGCACGACGUAGCAAACGAGGCAGACAAAGCGGAAUUCGCCAGUUCUGCUCGUCAACAUACUCGUGACCUCGCAAGUCGACACACCCGAGCAGAGGAGGGGAAAGGCGGAUGCAAGGGGGGGGAGAGACUUCGUCAUAAGUUGGAGAGCCUUUCGCAUUGCCCAAAUUUAGGACCAACACACAAAUCAAGGUAGUUUUACCACAGGACAGCUGUGUCACGAGUUGGCCAAAGAAAAGGAAAAUCAUUUUCUUUGGACAACUUUCUAUAUUUUCUCCCUUCAAAUGUAUUUUUGAGAUGAUACGGAAAAUCUACCAAUUUAAUGGAUGCAGUCUUUUAGUAGACUUUUAAUAGCCCAUCGCAUAUCUGCAAGUGAACCAGUUGCUUGAAAACAACUAGUAGGCUAUGGUAACAAUAUGAAUGGAGCCAGAGACGGAGGAAGCAUUUUGGACCAGGCAAACUCGGUCCACCCAAAAGUAACUUCACCCCCCCCCCCCCCCCCCCUUUUCCCUCCUCGAUCCCACUGUGGUUUUUUGUAAAAUCUUCAUACUUAAGCAAGGCUUUUGCGGCUGUUCGUGUGCAUGUGUAUAUGAAGAGUCUACCUGUAAGUGUGUUGCAUGCACUCAUAUAAUGCCUACUGAAGUUUCAGCAGUUUGACAGCUUAUAAAUACUUCCUAGUCUUCGAGACGUUGAAAGUGGGCUCGACAGCAGCACUGAAAUAGGGCCCAGUAUUUAGGUUAUGGAACCGGUGAACAAGUUAUACAACAUGUACAGUUCAUUGUGAUGUCAAGUAUCAGUGCUACAAGCUUCACAGCCUACAAAAUGGAAUGAAGUGCUUUUGUUGUGCCCUUUGCAAUCAAUGCAGUUAAACCACGAUUUAGUCUGCAUAUUUUGUAGUUUGAGCCUGUGUACAUUGGGAUUCUAGGAAUUGGCUCGCACAUUCCAAUAGUUCCCAUUGCAGAAGUGGCCAUAAUGGAUGUUGCUCAUGUUCAUCAUCAUUCAAAACCUAAUUGCAUCCCAUUCAAAAUGAUUGCAAAAGAUGAUUUUUUGUUGCACGUUCCUGCCAUGUUUUUGUAAUAGGGUAGUUCAAUCGUCCUCAUGCAUUCACCCCCCCCCCCCCCCCCCCCCCCCAAAAAAAAAAGAAAAAAAA